CCCCGGCGUGAACUCCCACCAAAUACUCCCCCAAAAUUGACUGUCCGUCCUAGCCGCCGAACCAACCCACCACCGACGCAGCCGCUCCCAUUCCCGCUGCUGACCGACCGCUCCCUUCAGUUAACACUCAAGCAUACCUAAAUGAUCCCUCAAAUUCGACCGACCGCAAGCCCAGCCACUCCCGUCGCCAACUGACCGCCCCCGCCGAAGCGCUAACACGCAAUAGGUUCCUGAUUGUACCAAAAUGUGAGGCUGAGUCUUCGCCAUUGGAGCAGAGUACAAAUGAGGUGGAACCGGAGAAAAUUGGGAAUGUUUUGAAGCCAAAACAAACAAUUGAUGUUGAUGGAGAGCUAAACCUGCGGCCGCAGUCCCAAACCCUUCGUUUUUUCUUCCUCACUCUUUUCUUCCCUUUGUUUUUUCCCUUCCCGCCCCUCACUCUUUUCCUUCUUCCUAUUUCUGCGACACUCACGCAUCACCAUCAGCGACCGCUGUCACUUCUAGCCCCAAUCACCAAGGCCGCCAUUGCUAGCGCUGUUCAGAUCGGAAUGAGUCGCCAAUCAGCAAAUCCCUCCGCGGGCAAGCGGAGAAGGCCUGAAAGUGAACCGCAAGGUCGGGUAGAUGCCGAGCGUGUAAUCCUGAAUUUGAUCAAAGAUAAGAAGGAUUUGGGCAUUUGGUUAAGAGACAUCAAGCAAGAGUCAAAACUGCCCGAUCCUACUGUUAACAAAUCGCUCAAGUCAUUGAUUUCCAAGAACUUGAUUAAGGAGGUUGUCAACUUUCAAAAUAAAGGAAGGAAACACUAUAUGGCUUUCGAGUUCGAACCUUCUAAGGAAAUAACCGGAGGCGACUGGUACGUCAAUGGAGUCCUUGACCAAGAACUUAUUACUGUGCUUAAAAGGGUGUGCUUACAGUAUUUGGAGAGGAAGGUAAUUGCCGAUCUGGAGGAUGUUCACGAUGUGCUGAAGAGGAAAGGCAUAGUGAAUUUUACGAUUACUAGCCAGCAAGUCGAUGAGAUACUGAAUGCAAUGGUUUUGGACAAUGAUAUCAUAGAGGUCAAGAGCACAGGGGUGGGAGAUUAUCGUUUGAUUCCCAUUGGUAAAACAUGUUACAGAACUGCAAGCGGUGCUGGGGUUGUGAAACAUCUGAAAACGGGUGCAUUUGGUUCGAUCCCCUGCGGAGCCUGUCCCCGAAUUAGUGUGUGCACGCCUGAUGGGGUUAUCUCCCCAGCUACUUGUGUCUAUUAUACCAAAUGGCUCAACGUUGAUUUUUGAAGCUAGAUAGAUAUCUUUUGUGCACUUGCUCUUUGCUAUCUUGGAUUUGGAUUGGAAAGAUUUGGUUUGAGUUUUUUAGUUAAAUAAUGUUUGAUGCUAUGUUUUUUAAGAGGAAAAUAUGCUUCUUUUUUUUUUAAAAAAAAAAACGCAGGGUUCAAAUUAUAAAAUUUUGAAAAUUAUCCAAGUCGAAUAUUUUUGUGCAUUGUGUGCUAGUGAAACUUGUACAGGAAACACGGCCAAAUCAUUGAGCAGUCUGUUGUAUAGUCGCUUCUCUGCACAUUUGAAAUGAAUUCAAGCUACAACGUACGCAUUACAAGGUAUAUUGCUUUUACUUGAAUAUAUAUAUAUAUAUAUAUAUGUACAUAUGUUCGAUUUCAGUUGACAUGAGAGCAGAAUUCUUUGUAGAUCGCAAUUAAUUUGCUGCAGCUAUGAAUACUCAACUUGGCUUGUAUUGUCAUAUCUGCUUCACCUUCACAUGAUGUGUGAUUUAGAAAAAUUGCUAUGAAAUUUAUGCUGAAUAAAGCGUUUUUCAAGAGCACAGGAAAUGUUUGUUCAUAAAUUAGCUGCAUGCGUAUUUAGAUAUAAUGAAUUGAUUGAAUAAGAUAUUCUUGAAAUGAUUCAAGUAUACACAUCUCACUCAUCAUUUGCAUAUAUGAAAAUCAAUUCAAGUGUGCCCUCUCCAACUCCCUCAAGUUUUCUUGAGUCUGCUCAUUUCUGUAAAACCGAUUUUACUGACUUUGUGAUAUCAUCUUUCUUGAAUAACAAAGUACCUUUCGGAAUCAAUCUGUUUUGAUGAUUAUUUUUUAUUUGCCCGUGCUAGAAAAGCACCACAGCAGAACUCGAGUGGUGAAUGCAUAUUUUUCCCUAUUCAUUCUUGUUGGCAACAUAGAUGGAUAUGCUACUUUAUUAUUUAUUUUUUUGGUUUUUAUUGUUUUGAUAACGACUUGGAUAUGCUACUUGAUCCUAUAGUAACUGUGGUUCGAGAUUUUUCCCUUCACACUCAUUCAGGCCUGUUUAGUUAUCUGUGCUAAUUUGAAGUUGGAAUUCAUUCUUAAUACUGUUUUCAUUAUAGCUACUACUUUUUUUUAGUUUGUCAGUAGCCGACAAACUACCCCUCACUUACUAUGUCAUUGCAUUCCGGUGAAUAGACUUGUCGAAAUUCUUAUGUGGGAACUAUUUGGAACUCUUAAAUAUCUCCUAGGUUUUAUUUGGGUGAUUCUUCUCAUUGUUAUUGCUUUGUUCGAGUGGUUUCAUUUUCUUCUUUUUGACACUGAUUGGAUGGGCCGGGAAGCAUAUGACGCCCGGUAAGCCAAAUGUCUGGAAAAAUUAUGCUGAUGGAGUUGGAAGGGGCUCACUAGGUUUGAUGUUGAAUGUUUGGGAUCACAUUGGAAUUAUUGAAAGGCUGUUUCUAACAUUCUUAUGUCUCCUUGUUUCGAUGGAAUGCUCAUUAUAUUGAAAUGUUUGUCUCCUUUUUUUCUUUUUUUAUUUCUUUUGAUAAGCGAGAAUUUGCCGCUGCUAUCCUGCUCUGGGUAAAUUUUCGGCCGAACUUAAUAGUUUGUAAACUACGCCCGACAAGGCAAGUCACAUUAGGCGAACCAUGUGUGGUACGCAAAACCUGAAGACGUCGGGGUUCGAAUUCAUGACUUUACGGUCAUGAGUCCAUCUCUACACCAACAUGUCAUCUCUUACGGUAAUUAGGUUAAGUCGUGUUUUGUAAUUAGUUUAUAGGUGCGCGGAUCUCAUGUUGUACUAUAAAUAAAUAUGUUAGUGAUAUGUACCAUAGAUGAUGCUUACCUUAUGACAUACCAAAUGUGAUCUAUGUCCUUAGUUUA